CUGCGCAUGCGCAGUUCUCCUACACGUGUACUGCACAAAAGUUUCUCAUGAAGAAAGUUUGCCAGUGUUUGCGGUCAUAAUAAAACAGGUCUGACUUGACAGUGCAGCGUUUUAAAGUGUUCAUUCGGGUUGUUUCGGGUCACGUCAGGACUUUAUUCGGCACAAUGCCGCCAACGAUCCACCAGAUUCCAGCCGGAAGAGCGUCGUCUCUCCGGCUGAAGCUGACAGAGCUCCUGCAGCAGAGGAUUCUGGUUCUGGACGGAGGAAUGGGAACCAUGAUCCAGCAGAGGCACCUAGAAGAGGAAGAGUUCAGAGGUCAAGAGUUCAAAGAUCAUCCCAAGAGUCUGAAGGGCAACAAUGACAUCCUGAGCAUCACUCAGCCCGACGUCAUCUACAGCAUCCACAAGGAGUAUCUGGAGGCUGGAGCUGAUAUCAUCGAGACCAACACCUUCAGCAGCACCAGCAUCGCUCAGGCUGAUUACGGCAUGGAGGAUCUGGCGUAUCGGUUGAAUAAAGCAUCCGCUGAGGUCGCCAGAAGAGCAGCUGAUGAUGUCUCUGCACAGACAGGCUGUAAGAGGUUUGUUGCUGGAGCUCUGGGUCCCACUAAUAAAACCCUGUCAGUGUCUCCGUCAGUGGAGAGGCCAGACUACAGGAACAUCACGUUUGAUGAGCUGGUGGAGGCGUAUGCGGAGCAGGUGAAGGGUCUGCUGGAUGGAGGUGCUGAUGUUCUGCUGGUUGAAACCAUCUUUGAUACAGCAAACGCAAAGGCGGCUUUAUUUGCCAUUGACCGUCUGUUUGAGGAGAGUUAUGAAGCUCGACCUGUGCUGAUCUCUGGCACUAUAGUGGAUAAGAGCGGCCGGACUCUGUCAGGUCAGACGGGUGAAGCGUUCGUCAUCAGUGUGUCUCAUGCUCAGCCGCUGUGCAUUGGUCUAAAUUGCGCUCUGGGUGCGUCUGAGAUGCGUCCAUUCAUUGAAGCCAUAGGAAAGAGCACUUCAGCCUUUGUCAUCUGUUACCCUAACGCAGGUCUUCCGAACACAUUCGGAGGUUAUGAUGAGACUCCUGACGUGACUGCGGCUCAUUUAAAGGAGUUUGCUGUGGACGGCUUGGUGAAUAUCGUUGGCGGCUGCUGUGGAACGACACCCGAUCACAUCCGGGCAAUUGCUGAAAGUGUGCGUCAUGUCAAACCCAGAGUUCCCCCUACAGAUGUUUACAGUGACUAUAUGCUGCUGUCAGGUCUGGAGCCGUUCAGAAUCGGCCCGUACACAAACUUUGUGAACAUCGGCGAGCGCUGUAACGUCGCAGGAUCACGCAAGUUUGCCAAACUCAUCAUGGCGGGAAAUUAUGAGGAGGCGCUGAGCAUCGCUAAGGCUCAGGUUGAGAUGGGCGCUCAGGUUCUGGACAUCAACAUGGAUGAAGGGAUGCUGGACGGAGCCGCUGCCAUGAGCCGAUUCUGUAACCUGAUCGCAUCUGAACCUGACAUCUGCAAGGUGCCACUCUGCAUCGACUCUUCAAACUUCUCUGUCAUCGAGGCGGGUCUGAAGUGCUGUCAGGGAAAAUGCAUCGUCAACAGCAUCAGCCUGAAGGAGGGCGAGCAGGACUUCCUGCGCAAAGCCCGGCAGGUGCGUCGCUACGGUGCUGCAGUGGUCGUGAUGGCGUUCGAUGAAGACGGACAGGCAACAGAAACGGAUCAGAAGGUGCAGAUCUGUUCACGUGCGUAUCACCUGCUGAUUGGUCAGGCAGGCUUCAACCCCAAUGACAUCAUCUUUGACCCCAAUAUCCUGACCAUCGGCACCGGCAUGGAGGAGCACAGCAUGUACGCCAUCAAUUUCAUCAGAGCCACGCGGACCAUUAAGGAGAGUCUGCCGGGUGCGAGGGUCAGCGGCGGCCUGUCCAACCUCUCCUUCUCCUUCAGAGGGAUGGAGGCCAUCAGAGAGGCCAUGCACGGAGCCUUCCUGUAUCACGCCAUCAAG